AUGAGAAUCGAGACCUGCCAUUUCUGCUCUGCGCCAGUAUAUCCCGGCCACGGUAUCAUGUUUGUGCGUAAUGAUGCCAAACAAUUUCAAUUUUGUCGCGCUAAGUGCCACAAGAACUUCAAGCUGAAGCGUAACCCGCGCAAGCUGCGUUGGACCAAGGCUUUCCGCAAGGCUGCUGGCAAGGAAAUGGUUGUGGACAAGACUCUCGAGUUUUCUGCUCGUCGCAACGUUCCUGUUCGUUACAACCGCGAGCUUGUUUCCGAGACACUGCAAGCCAUGUCGCGGAUCGAGGAAAUUCGCCGCAGACGCGAGCGCGCCUUUUACAAGAACAGAAUGGUUCGCAACGCCCAGAUCAGAAAGGAAAACGACAGAAAGCUUGUCGAAGCACACCCGGAAAUGCUGCGCAUCAGAGAAGUCGAGCUCAAGAGAGCAGCCGAGAAGAGAGCCAAGCAGGAUAUCGAUAUGGAGGACGACGAAGUCGAUGUCGACAGCGAAAUGGAUGUCGACUCGGAGGACGAGGAAGUUACUCAAAAGCAAAAGGUUGCUAUCACUCUCAAGAACAAGAAGAAGAAAGCUCUUUCUGCAUAA